AUGUUUACAUUGUCUAAACUUUCUUACAUCGUGUGCGACGAAGACGAGAAGUUCUUCUACGACGAUCUAAACACAAUGCCAAUCGAAGUAAAACAGUGUUGCACUGGUCUGCUCAGCUACAUCCAGAACCGAUUCAACGGCGGGGCCAAUGCAGCGGAACAUGGUAGUGAUUCUUGGCCUACGUCGUUGAUCACGGACGCGGCGUUCCACGGUCACUUGGAAUGUAUGCAAUUGGCCGAGAGGUUCCGUUUCCCGUGGACCGUGGACGUGUGCGAGCAAGCGGCGGGCAACGGGCACCUGGACUGCUUGGCGUACGCGCACCGCCAGGGAUGCCCGUGGUCGGAGGAAACGUGCGAGAUGGCCGCCGCGAACGGCCGGCUCGAGUGUCUGGCGUACGCGCACGAAAACGGGUGCCCGUGGGACGGGUCGGUGUGCGCGAUUGCGGCCGUGAACGGUCAUCUGGAGUGUUUGCGGUACUUGCACGAGCACGGGUGCCCGUGGGACGCGGACACGUGCGAGUACGCGGUCGAGGGCGGCCAGCUGGAGUGUUUACGAUACGCGCACGAGCACGGGUGCCCGUGGGACACGGCCACGUGCGAGGCGGCGGCCCGCGGCGGCCACGUCGAGUGUCUGCGGUACGCGCACCAGAACGGGUGCCCGUGGGACGAGAGAACGUGCCGCGACGCUGCCGCCCUCGGGCACCUAGAGUGUUUGCGGUACGCGCACGAGCACGGGUGCUCGUGGGACGCGUACACGUGCGACGCGGCGGCGCGCGGCGGUCACAUCCGAUGCCUGAAAUACGCCCACGAGCACGAUUGCCCGUGGGACGAGUUCACGUGCGAUAGCGCCGCGGACAACGGCCACACGGAAUGUCUCAUGUACGCGCUGGCCAACGGUUGCGCGUGGGCCACGGCCCCGCGCCCGACAGCCGCCGAGAAGGAGCGCGUCGAGCGAUCGCAGCGCGACCGCGACGAAAUGGAGUCGUGGAAUCGCACUGCGAGUAUACUUGAAACAAUAAAGAACAAAAGAUUGAUAUGGGCUGAGCAUACUUGGCGUAACCAAAACCCACUCAUACGUAUAGUAUUAGAAGAAAACCCUACUGGGAAAAGACCGCUGGGAAGACCACAUCUGAGAUGGGAAGACGUAGUAAGAAAUGAUGUGAAAGCGUUAGAAAGAAGUUUAGACUGGAGGAUACAGGCAACGGAUAGAGAAAAUUGGAGGCAAGGAUGUAUGUCGGAAUGGUCUUAG